CGCGCCACGUUCCCCGGCCUCUGGGGUAACCCAAGCGGUGGGGCCUCUGGCCCCGCGCGGUCGCUGUGCCCUUCUCCCCGAGGUGGCCAUGGAGAAGGGAGCCACCAUGGAGCCUGGGGGCAGAGUAUCUGGUGUAUGGCAGUUUCUGAGUUUACUGCAAGGCAAGAUUAAUCAUCACGGCUCCUGUCUACGCUGGUAGGAUCACUGCCUGAGGACUCAGACCUUCCCAAUACUGGAAACCCAAAAGAAAACGGCAUGACCACUGUGCUGCUGACCCCUGGUUCCCAGGAAUCAUUGAUGAUCCAGGAUAUGGCUGAGGCUCUCACCCAGUUGGAGCAGCUGAACCCUUCCCAGGGAGAUGUGCCCAAGAAGCAUAGGAAUCUGUUCUUGCUGGGGCUUCCAAUUUCCAAGCCUGAUGUAAUCUCUCACUUGGAACGAGGGGAAGAGCUGGAAAGAGAAGCCCCAAAAGCAACCAGCCCAGACUGGGAGGCAAGGCCAGAAAGCAAGGAACUGACCCCGGAGCAGGAAAUUUUUGAAGAGGAAUCAGCCCCUGGGGUGUUAACAGAAAGAUUUCCAAAGGAAGGUUCCAGUGAAUGUGGGGAUUCUUUAGAGAGUCAGCAGGAAAACCAUGAGAAACGUUUAAUAAAAGAGGUUGUCACUCAGAAGAAAUCUUCUGGGGAAAGAAGUUACCAGUGUGAUGAAUUUGGAAGAAAUUUUAGUCGGAGGUCAUUACUUGUUCAACAGCAAGGAGAGAGACUACAUAAUUGUGAUUCACUUGAAAAGAACUUAAAACAAAAUUCAGAUCUAAUUAGACAUGAGAGAAUUUAUGCAGGAAAGAAACCUUGGAAGUGUAGUGAGUGUGAGAAAGCCUUCAGUUACUACUCAGCUUUUGUCUUGCAUCAGAGAAUUCACACAGGAGAAAAACCUUAUGAGUGUAAUGAAUGUGGCAAAGCCUUCAGCCAGAGCAUACACCUUACUUUACACCAGAGAAUUCAUACUGGAGAGAAACCUUAUGAAUGUCAUGAAUGUGGGAAAGCCUUCAGUCACCGCUCAGCCCUUAUUCGACAUCAUAUAAUCCAUACUGGAGAGAAACCUUAUGAAUGCAGUGAAUGUGGGAAAGCCUUUAAUCAGAGUUCAUACCUCACUCAACAUCAGCGAAUUCAUACUGGAGAGAAACCUUAUGAAUGUAACGAAUGUGGGAAGGCCUUCAGCCAAAGCACAUUCCUUACUCAGCAUCAGGUCAUUCACACUGGAGAGAAACCUUAUAAGUGUAAUGAAUGUGGGAAAGCCUUUAGUGACCGUUCAGGGCUUAUUCAGCACCAGAGAACUCACACUGGAGAGAGGCCAUAUGAAUGCAGUGAAUGUGGGAAAGCAUUUGGUUACUGUUCAGCCUUGACUCAGCACCAGAGAACUCACACUGGGGAGAAACCCUAUAAAUGUAAUGAUUGUGCCAAAGCUUUCAGUGACCGCUCAGCCCUUAUCCGUCAUCAGAGAACACACACUGGUGAGAAACCUUACAAAUGUCAGGACUGUGGGAAAGCUUUUAGCCAGAGCUCAUCUCUCACCAAACAUCAGAAAACUCACACUGGAGAAAAACCCUAUAAGUGUAAGGAAUGUGGGAGAGCCUUCAGCCAGAGUUCAUCCCUUUCACAACAUCAGAAAACUCAUGCUGGAGGGAAAACCAAGGAGUAUGGGAAAGCCCUUAGUGAGCAUUCAGCAUUUGGCCAACAAAAGAGAAUUCAUACUGGAUAAAGAUGAUUGUGCAUAUGUGAUGCAUUCAGAACAUAUUUAUCAAGCAUUUAUUAUACAUGCUGUCAGGGCUACAAAGAGAUUUAAGACUGUGUUACUAUAUAUAUAUAUAACUCACUGCCGUCGAGUUGAUUAUGACUCAUAGCAACCCUAUAGGACAGAGUAGAACUGCCCCAUGGAGUUUCGAAGGAGCGCCUGGUGUGUGUGUGUGUGUGUAUAUAUAUAUAUAUACACACAUAUAUAAGACAUCGUUGGUACAGGGAAUCGCUUACUUAGAAUGUGAAAGAAAGGUUUUACUUUUGUUUUUUUAAUGUCCUAAUGGGAGACAUUGUGAAUUUCCCUGGGGGAAAAAAUAUUUCUAGCACCCUAACGUAGCAAACCAAACCAAUCCUAGUGCCGUCGAGUUGAUUCCGACUCAUAGCGACCCUACAGGACAGAGUAGAACUGCCCCGUAGAGUUUCCAAGGAGCACCUGGCAGACUUGAACUGCUGACCCUUUGGUUAGCAGCCAUAGCAUUUAACCACUACGCCACCAGGGUUUCCCCUAACAUGUAUAUAAGCUACCAAAUCCUUGAGAGAGGAGAAAUGGGGUGUGCCAUGAUAGAAAGAGAAUAUCUUGACUGGGCCAGGUCAUCUCAUAAUCCUAAGGGGAUGAAGUUUUAAAGAGGCAAGUGGUCCUUUUAGAGAAAUGGCAGGGGUAGAAGUAAGAGAUGGAGAAGUUACAGUAAGUCCAGGGUCAGGGGUGCUGGUGGAAGGGAAGUUGCCCUUAGUCUUAAGUAUGAGGACAUAAAAAAAGAAGAAUGAACCCCAAAAAUGUCAAUUGAGAUAACUACUCAACUGAGUACUCAUAACCAGGAAAAAUAGUAGACUUGUUAGUAGGCAGAAUUAGUCACAAAGUUUCCGCAUUGGUAGCUUUAUACUGAAGCAAAAUAAUCUUGACCUGGGGAUCUACUUCUCCACCCUUUGUCUUUUAGACCUUCCUUAUUGAGCACACGGCCUACUAAGAAUCACUUUUAACUCUAAGAGCCAGGACCCACAGCUUAGGAGGGGAGAGUACAGGAGGGACUUUUGAUGUUUUAAAUCUUUUAAGCUAUUCCAGUCAUCUGAGAAUGUCCUUAUUUAUAAAGAUUAACCUCAGCUGUAUGUAGUUUGUACCCUAGACUUUCUCAUAACGUAGUAAAAUACCAUAGUUGUAGACUUGAACUGUGGACUUGAACUGACACUGUGUAUUAGAUUGUAAAAAGCUUGAAAACACUUGGAGAUACUAGCUUCUCAUCAUCCUACACUUGGUUAAAGGCAGAUGACAUCUUUAUUUUUUUCCAUUGAAACGUUUUCAUUAUGUAGUAUCUGAAUGUGAUUAUCUGUUCACUUUUAUUUGAUAUAUAACACAUGAUACAGAGAGCCAACAAAAUUAGAACAAAAAUAGUUGGAUCUGAAACAAAUAACUUUGUCCUUUUACAUUUGUUUAAAUUCUCAUUUAUAUACAUAUAUGUGGUCAUGUGUCGGUUAACGUCCACAAUGCAUUCUGUGAAAUAGGACAUUGUGUGAUUUGGACAUUGAGACCACCAUAUUGUAUACAGGCAGUUCCCGUACAAUCCGUAGUUAUGAACCAACCCCCAUAAAGCCUAUUAAAAUCUUACGGGAGCCCGCUGGGCAAAGCCCAAGAGCUGUAUCCACUGAAUAUAGGAGGCCGGCCUUGCUGGGUGUGCAGCUGCGGGCUGCUUGGGCACUGCACCAGCAGCCGGAUGGGGACUUUGCACAUGUCCCAGCACAGAGUGGGGGCCACGGGAGGCCAUGGAGAGGUAUCUUGGGGGACCAGAAAUGCGGUUAGCCUGUUGGUGCAGCCACUUCCUGAUCGUGUGCAGCUGCUGUGGACGCCUAGAGUUUGGAACCCACGAGCACCCCAGGCCCACCAGUGUGUGCGGCAGGAGCAGAGGAACCGAGCAGGCACUGCUCUGCUAAGGGAGUGAAUGGCUGCUGGGCAGGUGGAUAAAGCCAGGAUGAAGGGAAGGAAGAGGAAGAGGCGCUUUGGGAAUUGGGUUGUGCCCUGGAGCCCCACUGCUCUUUCACUCUAGGGGUUUGGGGUCUUUAAAACCACUAGGGGAAAAAAUAAAAAGGAGAGCUGCUUUCCCUUUAAAAGCAAAAAACCUUAUGGGAUCAUGGUUGUAUAUGCGGUUGUACAUUGUGGGUGGAUGGAUGUUAUGUGGCACAUGCUGUGUAUAUACAUUCUUUUAAUGUAAUACCUUUUUGAGAGCGGUUAGAAUUAAGUAGAUGAUGGUUGCAAAAGUGUAAGCUAUCAAGUGCUGUGUAACUAGUAGCUGUUGUGGAUGUGGUCAUCUAUAUGACCUGUCACGUAUGCUUUGUGGUGGUGUAGCCCAUUAAACAUGACUGAAUAUAAUGGAAUGUGACUGCUUACCUUUCUUAGAAGUUCUCUUGGAAAGUAGUAUAACCUGCACUUUUUGUGAUAAUCAUAUGGUUUUUUUUUAAUCUGUUAAUGUGGCAAAUUACAAUUGAUAGAUUUUAUAAUGGUGGAGAAUCCUUGCAUUCCUGGAAUUUACCCAGUUUUGUGAUCUUUCCUGCCUCUGAAAGAGAUUGUGUUCCUUGAAUGUUGAGUUGCAUUCACCUACUAAACUCUUGGAUUGCUGUGUGUGUGGUGUGUGUGUGUUGAUUGGUUUUAGGAGCUAUUCAGAUUUAGUAUUUCUUCUUGAAUUUUGUUUAAGUUAGACUUUUCUAAAAAUCUUUUUUUUUUUGCCAUUAAGUUCAAAAUAUUUAUUUUCUUUUAAGUCCCCAUUCUAUCUGUAAUUCUUUUUCACUCCUAAUAGCUUAUUCGUUAUGUUCUCUUUUUCUCUUGAUUGUGUUCCUUGUGUUCCCAGAGGUUUUUCAAUUUACUAGUCACAUAAAGGAACUAACUUGGCUUUUUAAGAAAGUCAACUUUGUUGAAGUUUACAUACAGUAAAACUCACCCAUUUCAAGUGUCCUAGGAGUUUUGCCAAAUGAAAUACCUGCGUAACCUCCCAUGUAAUUGUGAGUGUGUGUGCGUAUGUGUGUGUGCUUAUGGUUUCCCUUCCUCCCUCCCUUCUUUCCUUCCUCCCUUGAAUUUUAAGACCUAUAUAUAAUUGUGUAACCAUCACCACAAUCAGGAUACAGAACACUUCCUUUGCACCCAAAAAAUUCCCUUGUGCUGCUCCCUUAUAGACUGACUUUUUCCAUGAAGUAUAAAGCCUUUGAGACUCAUUCAUGUUGUUUUGUUCCUUUUUAUUGCUGAGUAGUUUUCCAUUGCUGUGAAUGAACCAUAAUAUUUUUAUUCAUUCACCUGUUGCAGGACAUUUGGGUGGCUUAUAAUUUUUGGUGAUUAUGAAUAAAAUUGCUGUAAACAUUUGUGUACAGGUUUGUGCAUGUAUAUAAAUUUUCAGUUCUCUAGAAUAAAUACCUAGGAGUGGAAUGAGCGUGUCAUAUAGUAAGUGUGUGUUUACCUGUGGAGGAAAUGACCGAGGUUGCAGAGGGGCUGUACAAUGUCGCGUUCCCACCAUCAGUGUAUGAGAGAUCCAGUCACUCCACAUUUGCACUAGCAUGUGGUAUCAUCAGUAUUUUUUAUUUUAUCCAUUCUCUGACUGGAAAAGAUGCAUAUUCGUGCCCAUUCCAAAGACAAUUAAACAACGCAGAAAUUAUUGAACAAUGUUAAUAUGCUUGCAAAAUGUUGCUGAAGAUAAUAUGAAAAGCGGCUGCAGCCAUGUAACCAAUGGGAAACUGCCAGAGAUUCAGGCUGGUUUCAGAAGAGGACAUGGAACGAAAGGUGUCACUGCUGAUGUCAAAUGGAUCUUGGCUGAAAGCAGAGAAUGCCAGAAAGAGUUUAUAUGUAUUUCAUCAACUAUGUGAAAGCAUUUGGCUGUGUGGAUCAUAACAAAUUAUGGAUAACAUUGCCAAGAACGGAAAUUCCAGGAAAAUCGUGCUCUUGUGGAACCUGUACAUGAAUCAAGAGGCAGUUGUUUGAACAGAACAAGGGGAUACUGCAUGGUUUAAAAAUUGGAAAAGGUGUGCAGCAGGGCUUUAUUCUUUCACCUUACUUGUUCAAUCUAUGCUGAACAAAUAAUCCAAGAAGCUGGUCUAUAUGAAGGACGUGACAUCAGGAUUGAAGAAAGACUUCAUUAACAACCUGGGAUACGCAGAUGAUACAACCUUGCUUGCCCAGUGGAUUUUUUUUUUUUAAUUUUUAAUUCAGGUUUAACAAAACUAAGAAGUAUAAGUUGUCAAUAUAAAAAAAAAAACCCGUUGUCAACUUCUAAGUCAAUUGGCAAAAUAAUUCUAUUAUGAAAACAUUCUGCAUCCCACUUUGAAAUGUGGCGUCCAGGGUCUUAAAUGCUAACAAGCGGCCAUCUAAGAUGCAACAAUUGGUCUCAACCCACCUGGAUCAAAGGAGAAUGAAGAACACCAAGGUCACACGAUAACUAUGAGCCCAAGAGACAGAAAGGGCCACAUGAACCACAGACUUACAUCAACCUGAGACCAGAAGAACUAGUUGGUGCCUGGCCACAACCGAUGACUGCCCUGACAGGGAGCACAACAUAGAACCCCUGAGGGAGCAGGAGAUCAGUGGGAUGCAGACCCCAAAUUCUCACAAAAAGACCAUACUUAAUGGUCUGACUGAGACUAGAGGAAUCCCAGCGGUCAUGGUCCCCAAACCUUCUGUUGGCCCAGGACAAGACAACUCAUCAGACACGGAAGGGACUGGACAGUGGGUAGGAAAGAGAUGCUGAUGAAGAGUGAGCUAUUUGUAUCAGGUGGACACUUGAGACUGUGUUGGCAUCUCCUGUCUGGAGGGGGGAUGGGAGAGUAGAGGGGGUUAGAAACAGGCAAAAUUGUCACAAAAGGAGAGACUGGAAGGGCUGACUCAUUAGGGGGAGAGAAAGUGGGAGUAUGGAGUAAGGUAUAUAUAAACAUAUGUGACUGACUUGAUUUGUAAACGUUCACUUGAAGCUCAAUAAAAAAAAAAAACCCAUUGCCGAGCUUGACGAAUUUUUACAUACAUAUACAACCCCAUGUAAUCAUCAACCAAAUUGGAUCAAGAUAUAGAAUAUUUUUGUUAUCCCUGAAUGCUGCUUCAUGCUCCUUCCCAGUCCACCCCAUCCUACCUCAUGCAUCCUCCUGCCUCCCUAGAUAACCACUAUUUUGAAUUCUAUUAUCCUUGACUAGUUUUACAUGUUCUUGAACAUCAUUUAAAUAAAAUCAUAGAAUAAGUACUCUUUUGUAACUGGCUUCAUUGCUGUAUAUUUUGUGUGACUGAGUCAUUUUCCAUGUAUCAGUAAUUUGUUUUUCACAGAUGGCACAGUAUUCCAUUGAU